AUGUCUUCCAAAGGUAUUGAAUUUUUACUUCGAAAAGCGGACGAAGUAGUGACCGAAAAUCACUUAGUAGACUUCUUAAACACUCAUUUCGUAGAGCUGGAAGAUCUAGAGCAAUUAGAUUCUAUCUUAACACUAGUGGAAACCAGACAGCAAAAUUUAAUUGAAAAAUCAUCUACGAUAAAAGCCGAAACUUCAACAACGUUAAAUAGUUCACUUGGAUACUUGAAAGUUACCGAGUCGCAACUUGAAAACCUUCAAGCGACGCGUCUAGAGUUGGAGGAUGCUCUAACAGAACAUCAAAUUUCCAUUGGAUUGAAAGAUCACGGUAAUGAGUCGAUCGAAUCAGAAGUAAUUAGCAACAAACAGUUGGCAAAGCAAUUAGUAGAGAAAUCAUCUCAGAAGGCGCUAGUGCCAUAUACGCAACUUGCUCAUAUUGCGCGUAAAAUUCGAUCUGAUAGUGAUUAUCAGAUUUUGAAAAAUCUUGAUGGAUUUAUAAGAAAAAAUUUGGAUGCACUUUGGGAGGACAUGAAAAGUAAACUUUCAAAGAAAUUUCAACACACAUUAGAUUCAUUGGGAUGGCCAACACCGUUAAAAGUUCCAUUACCUAAUGAGCUACAGGAAAAGAAGACAGCUUUUACAAGAGCUUUUUGCGAAUUAUUGUUGUUGCAGAAUCCGACUGGAGUAGAGGAUUCUGAUAAAAUCGUUACAAGUGAACUCGUUCCGUUAUUUCCAAUACAAUUGAUGGCCGAACCUUUAAUAACAAGGUUCAGAUAUCAUUUUGAUACGAAAAGACCGACUAAUCGAAUUGAUAAGCCGGAAUGGUAUUUUACACAUAUCCUCACAGCUAUACACGACCAUUCUCCUUUCUUGACAGAAGAAGUGCAAGUUAUUAUUGAUGAAGCUGGAUUUAAUAAAUAUAAUGCAAAAGAUGACUUUAUACGUUGUUUACUUACCGCAGUAACUCGAAAACUGAAUCAAAGCGUGAAUGCUUUGGUCAAUUCCCCUCAAAAUUUUUCUCACACAGUAUUUGAAACUCUACAAUUUGAUCAAGUGAUUAGAACCGUGCAUUUAUAUCUACCCCCAGGAAAAAAGCAAUGGAAUGGAUGUGUAGAAGUCUUCACUGGACGAAAAGAAAUAUUUAAGGCUUGGCUUAAAAUUGAGAAAGAAUUUGCCGAGAUGCGCUAUAAUGAGAUAAUGCACGCGGAAGAUGCAUGGGAAAUUGAGGAUGAAGAAACUAUUGACGAAGAUCUUCAACCAACUAAAUCUGCAGCGAAAAUUAUGGAACUAUUAGAACUUGUCACAAGCCGGUAUAAAUUAUUACCAAUGUUCCAUAAUCGUAUACGAUUUCUUGUUGAUAUUCAAGCUGAAAUUUUGGAUGCUUAUGAGAAAAGGAUUGAAUCUGCCGUUAAAGCAUUCGAGAAUCUCAGCUAUACGAUUGUUAGGGCAGUGCCGAAUCCUGCAACCGCUGAUGGAAAAUCUGUGACCGGAAUAGAUGGAUUAAAAAGGUUGUGCCGUUGGUUGAGUAGCGCUGGAUAUGUUAGUCAUACUAUUAGAGAAUGGGGAGAAGAUCCG